AUGUCGAGUUUGGAACGGACAUCGUCGCCAGAUGGCACGGCGAAGAAGACGGACAUAUUGGACACCAUCGAGGAGCCCAACAAAUUGCAAGGCUAUGGCUCUGUUCCAGGUGUUAUGGACGAUGUGACUCGUGUCGUGGACCACAAGGCUGAACGACGUCUCUGUCGGAAGUUUGAUUUUCGUCUUCUUCCAAUUCUUGCAAUCAUGUACCUAUUCAAUGCCCUAGACAAAGGAAAUCUGGGUAAUGCGGAGACGGACGGAAUGAGUAAAGAUCUGAACUUCAAACCGAACGAGUACAACCUAUUAUUAUCGAUCUUCUUCGUACCGUUCGUGAUCUUUGCACCACCAUUCUCGAUGCUUGGAAAGAAGUUCAGCCCAGCACGCGUACUUCCAAUUCUGAUGUUCUCAUUUGGUUCCCUCACGAUACUCUCCUCGGCAGCUUACAAUUUCAGUGGCAUGUUCGCCCUGCGCUGGUUCCUGGGCAUGUCCGAGGCGGCGUUUUUCCCACUGGUGAUCUACUACUUGACCACCUUCUAUCGUCGUGGAGAGCUUGCCCGUCGCCUGGCUAUUUUCUACGCCGCAUCAAAUAUCGCCAGCGCUUUCUCCGGACUUAUCGCGUUUGGAGUGUUCCAAAUUGAGGGAUCUAGCCUCCCAAAUUGGCGGUACCUGUUCAUCAUCGAGGGAGGCAUCACAGUCCUCUUCGCCAUCUUUGCGUACAUUUAUCUCCCAUUGAGUGCCGCCGAGGCAAAGUUCUUAACCGAAGAAGAGAAGACGCUGGCUUUCCACCGAAUCCAGGUUGACUCCAGCGCGGUAGUGAACGAGAAGUUCCGCUUCCGCGAGGCCCUGGGUAUUUUCAAGCAACCCACCACAUAUGCAUUCCUGUGUAUUGAAAUCUGUCUUGGUGUGCCCUUGCAGGGUGUCGCGCUCUUUAUGCCGCAGAUCGUCGGAGGCUUGGGUUAUCCCACUGUGAAAACCAACUUGUACACUGUUGCGCCCAAUGUGACAGGAGCGGUCAUGCUGUUGGUUCUCGCCUUUUCAUCUGAUUGGGUCAAACUCCGAUCACCUUUCAUCGUGCUAGGCUUCCUAUUCACUUUCGCCGGGUUCAUGAUCUAUGCAUCCAUCGACGAUGUCCAGAGUAACAUCCAGGUAGCCUACUUUGCCACAUUUAUGAUGACCUGGGGUACAUCCGCUCCAUCCGUCCUGCUCAGUACUUGGUACAACAACAAUAUCGCCCACGAGGGUCGCCGCGUGCUGUUGACUAGUAUUGGCGUGCCAUUGGCCAACUUGAUGGGCUUGGUCAGCAGCAACUUGUUCCGGAAGGAAGAUGCACCUAAGUAUAUGCCUGCGCUGAUCAGCGUGGGUGCAUUCGGUGCUACCGGCGCCUGUUUGGCAGGUUGUCUGGGACUCUACAUGUGGCUGGACAACAAGCGACGCGAUCGCCGUGAGAGGAGUCACGCUCCAGGCACGAGAUAUUCCAACGGAGCGGAUGCGAGAUGGGCCGGCAUCUGCUGA